CUACUUUGCGAAUCUCGCCUCGGCCGCGUCGAAACCUAUUCGCGCGUGUUGUUGCUCAUUUGUCGGCGGCCACUGCUCCUUCUGUUGCUCGCAUUGCCCUGUGCACUCCUCAUGGCGGACACUGGCCGAAUCGCCAUGCUGUCCCUGAAGCGCAAAUCAAUAGAAGACCACCACCAUUAUCAUCGCCACUAUUCGGCUGCCGACGAAGGUUCCGCUGUGAUGCAGUGCGUCUCGUCGGUAACCGAAUCGGACGCCUACUUCAAACGCAUGAAGCCAACAGCGAAUCCCCAACUCGUCUCCCGGUCCUCACCAAACGAUUUGGCUGCUCUCUCUGAGCCGCCCAUCUCGCCACAAACGUCACGGCCGGGUCUCCACAGCCUGCUCGCGACCCUCGACCGCUCCCAGCUGCAGGAUCUGGUCGCCAGCCUCGUCGAGCAGCAUCCGCAGCUCGAUUCAGACGUCAGGGGGCUGAUGCCGGCUCUCAGCAUCCCACACGCCAAGCACACCCUACUGGAGCUCGAGCGGCGACUCAACGAAACGUUCCCAUACUCUCGAUGGGGACCCGACCGCUGCUCCGACUAUGCCUUCAACCGGGUCGCCCCCGCCCUGGCGGCCUUGCAGGACUCGCUGGUCUUUCACCUCGACUACUUCACCGAGCCGCGCGCAGGACGGGAGCCGGAGGGCCUGGCCAUCGAUGCGAGCUACCCCGUCGAUGCCCUGGCGUAUCUGCACCUGGCCACUGAGGUGGUUCAUCGCCUGCCCGUCUGGCAAAACCCCAGCCACAAUCUCGAAACUCGCAUUGAGCUCUAUCGCCGUCUGGCCAGACAGUGGCGCUUGGUCCUGGUCGAGAUCGGACGGCGGCUCCGAGACCAAGGCAGGCUCUACGGAACGACCCUUGUGAGCGAAUGGGCUCGAAAUCUUGGCCAUCACUGUCGCGAAUGCAACGGCGACCACGGCUUUAGCGAUGCAUACGAGGAGCUCAAGAUCCAGCUCGGCUGGCUCGUUGGUCUCUAUCCUGCCACGAUUCCAUCUUCACAUCCGGAGGAGCUGACGACAACAGAGGUGGAUUAUGGCUUUCCCAAAACGAAACGGGACCUCCUGUUCUAA